AUUUUGUGGAGUGAAGUGUUUUUGUGGUAUGAGUUUAAACAGGUGGUUGUGACGUUACUGAUAAUGUAACUAAACACAUGAUAAAGAGUUGCCUACAGCGGAAUUAACAAUAAAAGCCAAUUUGUACAAUGCCAAUCAACAUGACAACAAUAAUUUGAAAAUAAAAAUAAUAUAUUCAAUACCUAGUGAUCUAUCGUGAAUAAAAGUUAGAACAGUGAUGCAAAUCAAAAACAAGUGAUACGACAACCGAUAAUGUGGGAAUACCUCAAAGUACUGCGAUAAAUAUUAGUGACGCGAUAAACGACAACUCCGACAAAACUGUCAGUGAUGCGAUAACCGAUAAACAAUGUGGGAAUACCUCGCUGUGCUGCUGCUCGGCUUCUGGCUGGGGGUUGCCAUCUUCCUCUACGUUUCAUGCUACUGGCUUGAGGAGAUUUUGGAUCUGCCACCAACCCGCGACGCAGCGCCAUCGGCCAGCAGUGCUCACGCACAGCUGAAGAGACUGGUCGCUAGAGUGGUCGAAGAGGCUGCGGCGUUGCCAGCUCUCGCGAGAUAUGCGGCUGAGCCGCAGGCCCCGCAUGACACCUAUGAAGAUCUGCUGGCUACUGCCAUUCUUAAUAAGGUGAUCGAGCGCUACCAGACGGAAGGAUCCGGAGGCCGAAGCAGCGGGAUCCACUCAGCCAGCGCCAGCCCAUCACCUUCAGACCGAUCUUCGCCAAGAUCUCUUAACACCAGGCAUACAAGGGAUAUUAAUAGCCCUCCGCGGCGCGAAGAAGAUGACGUCUCCGACUGGGAAGAAGGGGCUACAGAGGAAACAGUAGAGCUGCCGCGACGAGUGCCGUUCCCAGACUUCAGCGAAGAUAUACAACACACGGAAAAUGGCGACCGCGAUUUCGACGAAGUCUCUGGCAGCGAAAUACAAUCCAUUGAUGGUACAUGGGAGGAGAACUGGCUAUUCCAGAAAAAGAAGAUCAAAACAAUACAGUCCGUCCCAGUUCCUAUGCUCGUUCCUAAUUCAAACGCUGAAUACAAAGCCAUGAUAGGCGACAGAGACGCUGACGAUACCACCGAUCUAUCAGACAACGCAUCUGACAGUGAACCAGAAGAAAUAGACUACAAAAGUGAUAUAAAAAGAGUACUAGAAUCUAAACAUGUUAUAGGAGGAGCACCUAGCAUUGAAGAACUUGACUUUGAACCUGAUAGUUUAACUAUCAUAGACGGUUCAGACGAUUUCGAGAAGAUAGAUGAAAAGGAAUACAUGAAAAACAAACUAGUUGACGUUGUCAACAACGAAGUCAAGGGAUAUAAUGUUAAUGGAGCGAAAAUAAACGGUAAUGUAAAUGGUAAAUUAGAUGAUGGAUCGGUACUAAUCGUUGGCAUGGAUAGUGGACCAUUGACAAAAGCGGAAUUCGCAUUAAAGGAAGAAAUACACAGGACAAUAUUGAACGGCAACGUCGAUGCGUAUAUUGAAGAUCUGAAGACCAAAGAGAAUGACGAAGUUUUCACAAAUGGAACCAAAACUAAUAAUAAAAACACAUUAAGCCGUCACGAGCGAGAAAGAGAAGAUGAAGAAACAGUGACACUCCCUGUGCAAAGAUAUGCCGAUAGUCUUCGAAGAAAACAUUUCGAUGACGAGCCACAGCAGAUCCCAACGCGUGAUACUGAUCAUGAAGAUGACCUCAUACCAGGAUCCAUAGCCUACAGAGAGCGCAAAAAAUGGCUAAACUACGUCGAAAUGCCGAACAACCCGUAUUCACCAGAGGCCAUCCAAAAACGACUCUCAUCCAAAAGCACAUCAUCUCUCUUCGACACGCUGACAUCCAAAUCGAAAAUCGAAGACAGCGUAGAUGAAGUAGAUGGAGAUGUAAAGGAUGAGAAAGACAAUAUGGAACAAAAGAAAGUUCCAGUGAAGGAAUUGAAGCCAUCUUUGAGUGUCAGUUCUGAUGAUGUUCACAUGAAUGGAAGUAGAUCGAAGAGUCCAUCGCCGAAGAUUUUGAAGGACGUAUUAGCAGAGGAAAUACCACAAUACAAACGCUACGGCCGAGAUUAUUACGUAAGAGAGGCGAAAUCGAGCACGGGCAGCCGCAAGAAGGGCCUCAGUGAGACCAGCUCGUUAUCCUCCAUUAAUAAAUCCACCAGCCUGGACAAUCUGAAUGAGCUGACCCCGCCUGUAAGUGCCAGCUCGUCCUUGAGCGACCUGGAGGCGUGUGCGCUCCACCAGAACAUCGUCCGAGCCGUCCUUAGCCCCAGAAACGCCAGCCCCAACUUCGCCAUUAACCCCAUUUUCGAAACCGACAGACAGAACGAUAACGCUGACGAAAAUCAUGCCGACGAACGUAACAGUCGAGACCACGGAUUACUUAUAAAGCAAUUCAAUUCGAUUGCAUCCAACCAGCGGUAUAAAACGCUCGCUGGCAAGGAAGUUACUAUAAAACCGAUACCUACAAAAGAAAUUAUGAUAGAUUAUGAAGACGCAAAUGAACAGACACUAUUCUCCGCAAAACCAGUGUAUGUACAUGAAGAUGAAAAGAAAUUCGAAGAAAUACUACAAACAUGCCAAGCACCUUUAAACGUAACAAUAGUGAACAUAGUCGAGGAACCGCAGAAAUCUCCGAGCAAUCUCAGCGUAGACAACUCUUAUUUAAGUUCAAGCAGUUUGGAGGACUCGAUCAAAAUAUACAACGUGCAAACAGGCGAGAUCGUGAAAUGUAAACCGGAAGAUAAGUUAUCAGAGCCAAGAUAUGAAAGUGAUGGAAGUGACAACACUGAAACGCAAGAUAAGAAAGAUGAAGCCAUCAGUCUCACUGAAAGCGACGUUGUGAUAGUUGAAGAUGAAAUAGAGGACGAUAAAUCGGAGAAUAUUAGUGAAAUAGAAGAUAUAUUAUCGCAGUUGCCUAAAGUGAAAGAGUUAGCUAAGAAGUUUGUGAGAAUGGAUAACUUGAACGAGCCUAUUAAGCCACCACAACCAGGCCCCCUAAAAAGACAAAAGAGCAAAGAGAACAUACUCUCUGAAAACAAGAACAAACUAGUCUACAUGCACAGCCUAACCGCCCGAAGCAUCUCCAAAGAAUUCAGAGAGGAAUUGAAACUCUCCAUGGCGACCCCGUUAAAGGUACCUGGGGGGUCGAAUGAGAUCCCUGAGGGCACUGAAGACGUGAUUAAGGAGUCUAGUCGACCCCCAAGCCCGAUGCCUGAACCAGGGACCAUCAAGACUAAGUUAGCGUUCUUUGAAAGUUUGAAAUCUAAGUUUAGCAGCAAAUAGGUGGUUUGAAAAUCAGUACGGUUUACUGUGGUUUUUUAUUUAGUUGUGGUCAGAGUAUCAAUAGUAAAAGAGGUGUAAGGUCCAAGAAAAAAUCCUGCUAUGAAUUUGACAGCUAAUGUAAAUGGCCGCUUUAGUUGUCAAAAAAUUACGUUUGACAAACCAGUUACCGCAAAACAUGGCGCAGUAUAGCGCCUUCUACUUUAGCUGUCAAACUUAAACGAUUUCUUUUUAGACAUUACUUCUACUACAAUGAUAACUCUGUGAUUGUGAUAAAGAAAUUUCAUCCUUAGUGGUAUUCCGGUAAGGUUGAGUUUCCUAUGUUAUCUUUUUAAAUCGUUCACAAGCUCUUGACGACUGCUUUAGGCAAACUACGAAUAUCGUAUAUUUAAAGAUCUGUUUUUUAUCACAUGGAAAUCCCAAAUAUAAUCACAUGUUGUUUUAUCGCUGUGUAAAUACGGAGUACAACAAAAUGAACUUUAUUGCAAGUGUAUUCUUUAAAUUAUCUAUUUGGUGAAUCAACUUUUUCUUGUGAUUCGUUGCCAUGGUAACGUUCCCUUGGCCAACUUUAAAAUCAGUUAUUUUAUACAUAGUACCUGUUUCAAUUGGUAAAAAAUGAAUGUAUGUGCUAGUUAUAAGCCCUUUCCAUAAUGGGCAAUCUACUAAGCAUACUAGUACAACGUAAUACAGCAUUUUUUCCAACAAACUGUGCCACUUUGUCCUCUGGACAACCAAACAAACAACAAAAAAUAGUUGAUGCACCCAAAUAAUCCUUGAAUUGGGUCAAAUUAUUUAUAAAAACCUACAUAAAUGAAUUUAGUGUUUCAUGUACUUAGGUAAAUAUGAGUCCAAGAUACUAUACAGGAAAAAACAUAUUUACUUUUGAUUGAGUUGUCUUUAGUAAUCCCAUGAACCUAGAACUUAUUUAGUUUGUUUAUAUAAACAAUAUUAAAUAACUAGAGUAGAAAAGGCAUGAUUUUCUGUACAUUUGCGUACAUUCCAGCAGUUACCACUACAUUUGUUUAUUAUUAAACAAAUAUGUAGUUAUACUGCUAUUUUAUUUAUUUCUUUUAGACUAGAAUUUUGGGGCAAAAUAUGAGUGAUUAUGUAAAUAAUUGUUUUAUCUGAUUUGUUUAAUCUUGACAUCUAAAAUAUGGUGCUGUAUAAAAAAGAUAUUUCAUCUGUCUUUUUAACUUAGACUUUAAACAUAACGGCGUAAGGUUGCUUUUUAAAUAAUAAAUUCGAUAAUUCAUAUGUAAAUAUAAACUCAAGGACAAUAGAAAGUGUCAUUUUGUAUAGAAAUGUUAGUGACCCGUUUUUUAUCUUGAGUGUACUGUAGCUCUGUAAAUAUUAAUGUAGUGCCAUUUUUGUAUAAAUAACGUUUCCACAUUCGUAGGUUAGUUAAUGCCAAAGUUGUAAAUAUAUAAUCUAUAGGGUACAGUUUGUGUAUAAAUAUUUAGACACAAUCAUUGUGUAUUGAUUAAUCACAAAAAAAAUGUGCGUAUAAUGUUUGCACAAAGCAGACAAUAAUAGCAAGCGAAAUGUUUUUCUUAUUAAUAAAAGAAUUAAAAAAAAAUCACCGAAGGUCGGGUAGACUUCGAUAGCUUAGUUGGUUUAGAGCGAUCAGACCGAUGUUCCGUCAGGAAGCAAAUUUUUAACGCAACAAUCAUGCUUUACGCGGUUUUUUUUUCAUGGGUGAAUCAACUUUUUCUUGUCACUAGUUGCCAUGAUUACGGUCUCCUGGGUCACUUUUAAAAUAUACUAAUUAUUUUUUUGGUGGCCUUUUAAGGCCUUUCCAUAAUGGGACAUCUAAUAAGCAUGUUUGUAGAACAUGGUACAGCAGCUCUUCUAAGAAACUAUGCUACUAUUGUCUCCUGGCUGAUAGGACAGAAUAACAACAAGAAAUCGUUGAUCGACCCUCAUAUUAAAAGUAUGUUAAAUAAAUGUAUUUAUUAAUAACGUCAAGUGUCUAAUUAUUUUUGCGCUAACCGUACAGUCGUACAUCUAAUAGUGGUUGUGUCCAUACUAUAUCUAUGUAACUGUAGCAUAAAAGAAAGAGUCUACUGUCUAAUCUAGAACUAUAAAGUAGCACUUUUACCUAUAGACCGCCGCGUCGAUACAAAAAAAUUAAGAUAGUUUUGAACGGCCAUUCAGCUCCAUACAAGGGUAAGACGCUCUACUAAUUGAUCUAUCGAGGCGUCCACAGUCGACGAAAUUUUAAAUCACUUCUAUCUCUUUUUAUGGCAAUUUCAUACAUAUCUUACCCAACAAAGGCAGAGAAACAAAAAGCCAUUGUGUAUUGCUAUAAGGUUAAAUUUAGAGUAACAAGGUUUUGACGAAGCGGUCUAAAGGUUAAUGUUUCUUUCUAAAGGUAUAAAAGGUGCAAUAAUGCUAUUUUACAAUUUGAUUCUUUAAUUUGGCCAUAUUUAAUGAAAAUUAAAACUGUAAAGACAUCAAUGUUAUUAAAAUGUGAUAAAAACAAUAAGUAAUGUAAAACGCUAAGCGUUUGAAUUAAUUUCUAUGUGUAAGGGUGUAUAUUGUAAUAAAGAAUAUUAUACAAAU